UCCUCCAACAUCAGGGGUCACUACACAGCACCAAGCGAGUGUUUGUGACGGACGAGGGCUUGUCUAUCCCAGCGACUCGUCUAUUGCACACUUUGACAGGGCGGUAGUGAUGGAUGCGGAAGUGAAGCAGCUGACGGGAUGCCCGGAGUAGGGCGGAGCCAGAGACCACAGUGCAGCAGCAACUAUGGGCUCGCUGUGUAGUAACCAGGAGCUGCCCGGCCAGGAGUAUGCUGAGGGUAGUGGGAGGCUUGGUCGUAGCGCCACUCCUAGCACUGAUGCUGGGCAGGUACAGCAGCUCCGGCCGCAGGGCCCAGCGCUCUGCCCGGCACAUUGCUGACAGCACAAGCCCGCUGCCUGGCAGGGAGCUCAGCAACAUCUUCUGGGGUGUGCAGGUGACUGACAUCCAUGUCAGUAAAUUUCUGGAUCCUGUCAGGGUGUCGGCGUUUGAAACCUUCUGCAGUGAAAGCCUUUCUGUAAUUGCACCACGAUUGUCCUUGUGACAGGUGAUCGGACAGAUGGCAAAACAAAGGACAAGAUGGGCUCGGACCAGUGUGAAGACGAAUGGCAGAUUUACCGGUCUGUGUUGAAGAAAUCACGGAUACUGGAGAGAACAAAGUGGAUCGACAUUCGUGGAAUCCAUGAUUCAUUUAACAUUGCAGACCUGAGCAGCAUCAAAAACUACUACAGGAAGUAUUCGGGAUGUCAAAAAGAAGGUUCCUUCCACUUUGCUCUCUGCUCCCCAUUUGGAAAUUAUCAAUUUAUUUGUGUUGAUGCGACUCUCACCCCAGGACCAAAAAGACCCUUCAACUUCUUUGGGAUAAUUAAUAAGAAUCAGAUGCAGAAAUUGUCUGUACUGGCCACUGAGAGUCUCCGCAGCAAUCAGUCUGUGUGGUUUGGUCACUACCCCACGUCAAUUAUUGUGUCUUCCUCACCCGGCAUCCGGACAGCAAUGAGUGGAAGGAGCCAGGUCCUGAAAGAUCUGCAACUGAGAGUCCUCAAAUAUGAUGCGGGACAUAGACCUACUUGAGAUGCCAGUUCAGCGGAGAAACGCGUAAGAAAGGCAUCAGCACUUGCAUCUUGCUGCCCGUGAAUAUCUACCCUCUCUGACUGCCGGAUAACAUUUAAACAGGGCAAAAGCUACAGCGGGACCGAGCUAAGGAGGCCCGCACCCUGUUCAAUCUAAAGCCGCCACAGCCGUGAGUAACUUGGAACAACUAUUGUUGCUAGACGGUGCAGGGGUGGAGUGUAUCGCUGCAGUCAAGAUCUAAUACAGCGGACUCCCCCUGUCAGCAGCAAUAAAAUUCAUAAGUGUAUGAAGCUAUCAUCUGACACUUUCUCCGGCUGAAGAGAUUUAACAUGAUAAUAUGCAAAUUGGGGUCGUAGCAUACCGCUGUGGACAGCUGAAUACACAGCGCUCUCCCCCUGUUAAAUCUAUCAAUUUGAACAAAGUGGCUUAAACUAAUGACUGCACUUUAUAUUCCGGCAUUUUCAAAGAGAUGGUUGUCUAAGAGUAACAAGAGUUACUAAGUAUAUACUUAUAUAACAGAUAUUUCAUGGACACUUUUUACAAAUGAAUUUUAAGGGCAAUUUUUUAUGAUUUAUUACUUGUGGAUCGGAGUAUUUCUUUAUAUGAAUUUAUAUUUAUACAUAUAUAUGGUUUUAUGUUUGUUUAUGUUGUUAA